AUGAAGACCUCGGCACAGACCGGAGCCACGAGGGGUCCUGGGGCUCUGCAGGAGGACGGCUGCAGUCUGCCUUCCCAUGAUGCACUGGCUCAGAUUCUGCCUUCCCAUGAUGCACUGGCUCCGAUUCUGCCUUCCCAUGAUGCACUGGCUCCGAUUCUGCCUUCCCAUGAUGCAUUGGCUCAGAUUCUGCCUCGUCACCCUCAGAAGCAGCAGAGGUCAGCGGCUCACUCAGACGCUCAGGAGGUGCAGCAGCAGGAGGUGCAGCAGCAGGAGGAGAAGCAGCAGGAGGUGCAGCAGUAUCGUGAUGCCAUGAGGAGGAUGGCAGCAGACAUCAUUUCCUUGCGCAGACACGUGGUGGCGCUGCAUACCGAGAACAGCCGUCUGCGCGCGCACCGUGAAGACCCGGGGCAGGAUUUCCUCCGGGACUCGGACCUGGACGUGAUGACGAAGGCAGAGAUGGCCGACCGCAUUGAGAAAUAA